UUUAUUUUAGCUCUCUGUCAACCAGUUAUCUCGCGGUGUAUUUCCCCAUUUACUGUGCUACUAACUUCCUUGAUCCAUUCAUCACACCACGAAUAUUACGAGGCCAAACUGUGCACUGGAUAGACGCACAACUUUGUAUCAUUCCAUCUGACACCUCGGGACAACAGGUGCAACUGGUUGGAGAUUUUGAUGACAUAUACACCAUCAUUGAUUGUUCCCUUGCCUUUGUUAGCGAAGAAUUUGAACACAUGCGAGAGAAAGUAGCUCAAGGAAGAAAAGACACAGUGAGAACCAGAACACGAUUGAAUGACCUCAUUACCGAAACUAUUCGGGAGUAUGAGAGUGCACAGCAUGAUAUGAGGACAGAUGGUUCCAUCAUUGUCCGAAUUGCAGAGUUCAAUGAACUCUUUCGACAGCACAAGGGAACGCCCGGCUCUGGAGAAGCUGCACCCAAUAGCUUCUAUUCUAACCGCUUUCAAACGCCGGAUGGUUUCGAACUUCGGCUUCGAUUUUUCCUCAACGGAGCUGGCAAAGGAAAGGGCACUCACAUAAGUGUAUUUGUUCAAAUGUGCAGAACAGAGUUCGAUGAAAUCCUCCCUUAUCCUUUUCAAGGCAUAUGUUCUGUGCAUCUAUACGACCAAAACACAUCGAGAUCUAAGAAGGAGCACUUCACAGUGAAAUUCAAAACGAAUAAUUCAAGUUGCUUUCAGAAGCCGCAAACUGAAUUCAACCCCGAAAACGGGAUCGCCCAGUUUGUGUCUCAUGAGUUUCUCUUCGCGCAUACUAGUGACUCUACGGUGGGAGAUAAGCCAAUUUACAUGCAAAAUAACGUUGUCUUCAUCGGGGCAGAAGUCAAGUAUAGCUCAGGGAUGCCACGGCUCUUUGCGUCGUCAGGAGAAAAAAAUCCCGGUCCGGGGUCGAAGAAAGCAAGUGGACGCCACGACCCUAAUGCGGCGUCAACUGGAUCAACAGCGCAACUUUUGCCGAAUGAAGGAGCCAUGGAGAUAUAAAUGUUGUGACCACUGAAGUUGGAGAAAACUUAAGAUUUGAUAAAAAAAAGUUUUGUUUGCCGUUCUCUCAAUUUUUUGCAAAGUGUUGCUACGCCUCUAAAAUAUUCUUAAAAUAGGGCCAAUUUGAGCUAACGAACCCUCCACGAAAAAUUGCCGAGAAAUUUGGAAUAAAA